GCUAAACAACAGUAGCAAACAGCAUCUCGAAUUAUUGACUGAUAGCCAAGCGCAACAUGUCCAAGAGCAACUCCAACUCCAACUCGCGUCUGUCUGCGAUGGCUCACCUGGAGCGGGCAGCCCGGAAACUGACACUGUACUCGCGGGCGCUGCGCGAGCAGCUCGCUCGGCUUCGCGAGGAGAUGGUGGCCGAAAAACAGGCUGUGCUGACGUCCGAGGACGACGUGAGUGAAUCGUCGACUCGGCUGCAAGAGAUUGAGGAGCUCAUGACCAAGUUGCAGCUCGAGAUUAACACACUGCGUGUACUGCCCCCGUCACGCGACGAUGGUAGCCUUACCGCCCGCAAGCAGGAGCUAGAGGAGCUGGAGGAGGAGCGCCAGGAGGAACUCGAGCUACUGGCGCACAUCCGCAGCAUGCUGCAGCUGCAUCAAAGCACACACAGCAAAAUGCAACGUAUGAUCGCUGCGCUCACCAAGGAGCUUCAUCGCGUGCGCCAGCGCGAAGAGGCUGUCGUGCUCGCCGCAUUGCGCAGCGGCAUUGUCAAGAUGCUCGCCCCAAAAAUCUAG